CACAUUUUAAGCUUUUUAUUAAUCUUGUUAAUUUCGAUUGUUUAUAAAUCUGUCGCUGUUAAACCGAUUGUUUAUAAAUCUGUCGCUGUUAAACCGAUCGAAAAUAAAACAUGGGAAAAUUGGAAUGGUGCAAUUUCUAUUUCGCCAAAUGCCAUUUUUGAACCGACUACGCUUGGAGAUCUUGUAGAUAUUGUAAAACUAGCAAAGAUAAAUAAUAAGUCUAUUCGAUGUGCUGCUCAAGGGCAUACUACAAGUUCUCUGUCUGUCACAGAGGACUACUUGGUG